CAUCUCCAUCGCUUCGAUGUCAAUCUAAUGAUUUUGUUUCAGAUCCGGUGCCGCGAUCCUCGAAUCUCUUGCUAAUUUAUCAUUUCGUUUGUAUUCGCGCUCUAGGGUCUCGAGUAACUUCUAUGAUUGUUUGCGCUAGGAUUUUUACGUGCGAUUAGUUUUAUAUUGGAGGGAUUAGGGUUAUGAUUUACUCUAGAUCUAAGGUUAUUGAUUUUGUGUAAUGAUGAUUUAUUUUUUUAUGGAGAGGUCCCUUUGGUCAUUGGCUAGAUUAAAGGCACCAUCUUUAUACUUGUAAGAUCCUUGAGGAGACUGAAUACUCAUGUAGAAGGCUGAUAAUAUGAGUUGAUCGAUCUCCUUUAUUCUUGUGCGACAGUCUGUUUAGAAGAUGGCUGAGGCUCACGAAACCGAUAGGAACAUCGAGAUAUGGAAGUUAAAGAAACUUAAUAUCAAAGCUUUGGAGGCGGCUAGGGGCAAUGGCACAAGCACGAUCUCACUGAUUAUGCCACCUCGUGAUCAGGUAUCUAGAGUGGCUAAGAUGCUUGGUGAUGAAUAUGGAACUGCCUCAAACAUCAAGAGUAGAGUCAACCGACAAUCUGUUUCUAUCACUUCAGCUCAACAAAGGUUGAAGCUUUACAACAAGGUCCCUCCCAAUGUACUAGUUCUUUUUUACACUGGAACAAUUGUUACUGAUGAUGGGAAGGAGAAGAAGGUUACCAUAGACUUUGAGCCAUUCAAGCCCAUCAAUGCAUCGCUCUAUCUUUGUGACAACAAGUUUCAUACCGGGGCAUUGGAUGAACUCCUUGAAUCUGAUGACAAGUUCGGUUUCAUAGUGAUGGAUGGAAAUGGAACCCUUUUUGGCACUUUAAGCGGCAAUACUCGUGAGAUCCUUCACAAAUUUACUGUUGAUCUUGAAAAAAAGCAUGGACGAGGAGGACAGUCUGCGCUUCGAUUUGCUCGGCUUCGUACGGAAAAACGUCAGAACUAUGUCAGAAAGACUGCUGAACUUGCAACACAGUUCUACAUUAAUCCUGCGACUAGUCAACCGAAUGUUGCUGAUCUUAUCUUAGCUGGUUCUGCUGAUUUCAAAACUGAGCUGAGCCAGUCUGACAUGUUUGAUCCUCGGCUUCGACAAGCUAAAAUACUCAACGUAGUCGAUGUUUCUUAUGGAGGAGAGAAUGGUUUCAAUCAGGCAAUUGAGUUAUCAGCAGAAAUUUUAUCAAAUGUCAAGUUCAUUCAGGAGAAGAAGCUGAUAGGAAAAUACUUCGAGGAGAUUAGUCAAGACACCGGUAAAUAUGUUGCAUUCAGUAGAAGGAGCUGGCCUGAAUUGCACCCGGACCCUCUUCACAGAAGCAGCUAGCGCUCUCCAAGAAAAUUGAAGGGAUGAAAUAUAAGAUUCUCGAUGAAUAGAGGGGAAUUAAUCGAUCGAUUGAUUGGCCAGCUGGAUGACGCAAUAUCGGAGAUCGAAGAUUACAAUCGGUCACCUGAUGCUUUGCAAACUGUUGCUUGGUCUAUCGUGAUACUUCGUGUUCUAGUAUGUUAAUUUGAUUCAUCAUAGUCUACAGUAUGUUAAUUCGCGGUGUCUGCCUCAUUGUCAUGGUCUCUGAUGUUUCUGAUUACAUUAGCUGUAAAACUCUGAACGUCUGUCGCAGCUAGUUUGUUUUGGCAGAACCUAUGUAAUUACCUUUUAUGCUGAUAUUGUUUCCUUAUUUAGGAAGAAUUGAUGUUGGGUGCAUUUUUGCAGUGUUAAAACUCUCAUGUGAUCGAAAGCGUCAGGUACCUGCAACAUCUUUAUGUUACUG